AUGCGUCCCGAAUCGAUCGUACUGCUAGCAGCGGCUGCUCUCCUGGUGUGUGCCGAUGGCGCCUCCGCCAAAUCGGUGGCUGUCGACUUCCCAGUCACAAUCCACGAUAGCCAAGACGCCAUUCCCACCAAAAGGUUGCUAAGGAGUUCAGAGGACAGUGAAGAGAGGGUCGGCUUUGAUACACUUACGGGCCUGGCCAAGGCGGGCGCGUCGAAGGUCACGGGCACCACCGUGCUGGAUACGUGGCUGUUCCACAACGUGAAUGGGGUCCAAGUUUUGGCGAAGUUGCAGCUCGGUGACGACAUCGCGGCUGCGCUGACGAGCUCCAAGCUGAAAACGUUGCGCAAGUACAUCGCCAUGUACAACAACAAGCACACGAACACCCCGACUUCUUUGAUCGAGACGCUCACGGCGCACUACGGAGACGACGUCGUGGCAAAGGCGCUCGCAGUCGCUCAGAAACAACCGAACACGGAGGCUCUCGCAACUCAAUUACGCAAGAAUCAAAUGGCUAUUUGGAUGCGGAAGGACAGGACCGGCGUCGAUAUUUUCAAGCUGUUGAGCUCCGGCGACGAUGGAUACUUCACGCUUACCAACCUGGAGAUAUUGGACGACUACAUCAAGCUGUUCAAUCGCGAGAAAUCCGCUCACGAAACGCUGCUCGCGACGUUAACCACGGGCAUCGGUAGCGAAAGAAGACUAGCGGAGCUGCUGGUAGUCGCCAAAGCAAACCCGACCACGAGGGAGAAGGCCUUGGAGUUGCAGUCGGCGCUGUUUGACAAGUGGUUGGCGAGGAAAUUGCGACCGGAAACCAUCCUGAGAGGCCUAAAGCUGGACGAUAACGUGGAGAACGCUCUGACCAACCGGAAUCUGCAGACGCUGAUCAACUACAUCUCCGUCUUCAACAAGAACAACCCGACCAGCGAGGCGACUCUGAUUGGGACACUCAUCGCCCACUACGGCGACGAUGUUGUCGCGACGGCGCUACUAUCGGUGAAGAAGGUUGCGGGUACGAAGGAUAUGGCGACGGUGCUGCAGAUUCAGCAACUCGGGCGCUGGUUCAAGAGUGGCAAGUCCGUUGACGUUCCCAGACGAUUUGUACGAAGUCAUUGCAAGCCGAAAGUUGGAGGCGCUGGACGACUACGUCAAGCUGUUCAACCGGGAGAAAUCUGCGGAUGA